AACAAAAAAGAAACAACGCAUAUAAAUUAAGCCUAACUAGACUGUUCAACAGUUUGCAAUUGCUGCUGGUGGCUGUCAGUCGACUAAAUAACAUUCGAGAGGCCUACGUUUUUAUCUAUAUUGACAAAUUUAUAUAUAUUAUAUAUACAUACGAUUAGCUGGCUAUUCUCUGACAAUUUUUCAAUUGCGUUGUCAGCGCCAUUUUGACGAAUACGCAGCUGUAAAAUGAAAUAUUUUGCAGCGACUGUAGCACUGCUGGCCCUGGCAGCUAUAGCUGCCGCUAUUAAGGAUGAUCCGCAUAUGCUUAGCGAUGAUUUUAUAGAGCUAGUGCGCAGCAAAGCAAAGACAUGGACGGCUGGUCGCAACUUUGAUGAAUCUGUAUCCGAGCUUCAUAUACGUGGUCUUAUGGGCGUCCAUCCCGAUGCGCAUAAGUUUACGCUGCCCGAAAAAAGCCAAGUACUUGGCAAUCUGGUAGGCGAUGAUGGGGACGAGCUGCCCGAAUCGUUUGAUGCACGUACUGCCUGGCCCAACUGUCCAACAAUCGGAGAAAUACGUGAUCAGGGCUCAUGCGGAUCCUGCUGGGCCUUUGGUGCCGUUGAGGCGAUGUCUGAUCGUGUGUGCAUACAUUCCAAUGGCACUGUAAAUUUUCAUUUCUCGGCUGAUGAUUUGGUCUCCUGUUGCCAUACUUGCGGAUUUGGCUGCAAUGGCGGAUUCCCUGGCGCUGCCUGGAGUUACUGGACCCACAAGGGUAUUGUGAGCGGUGGCUCCUAUCAUUCUAAUGAGGGCUGUCGUCCCUAUGAAAUCGAACCCUGUGAGCAUCACGUAAACGGAACACGACCACCCUGCAAAAAUGGCAAAACUCCGCGCUGCCAGCAUCAAUGUGAGUCCAGUUACUCCGUUGAUUAUGCUAAGGACAAACAUUUCGGUUCCAAGUCAUACUCGAUCAGUCGCAAUCCCCGCGAUAUUCAACGCGAAAUCAUGACCAACGGACCCGUGGAGGGUGCAUUCACAGUCUAUGAAGAUUUGAUUUUGUACAAGACUGGCGUCUACAAGCAUGUCCACGGAAAAGAGUUGGGCGGUCAUGCCAUACGCAUACUCGGCUGGGGCGUUUGGGGCGAUAGCAAAGUGCCCUAUUGGCUAAUUGGCAACUCAUGGAACACCGACUGGGGUGAUAAUGGUUUCUUCCGUAUUGUGCGCGGCGAAGAUCAUUGCGGCAUUGAAAGCGCCAUCUCUGCUGGCCUGCCGAAAUUGUAAGACACCUUCCAAAUUCAACUAACUGCUUAAUAUUGCUUUAUGCCUUCAAAUAAUGAUAGUACGAUAUUACAGACUUUUCAAUACCAUUAUACUGUAUGUAAAACAAUUAGUUGCGACUUUAGAGAAUAAAU